UGCUGCAUGAAAACAUUUUCUCUCUAUUGUCUUUACAGUCGAAUUUGCCAGAUGAUGUCUUUGAAAAUGGAACCGAGAAGCGGCCUCUUUCUUUCACUUUUGGCGACCUGCCUUAUGAAGACCCCGUGCCCUCUGCCAACUCAGCAGAGUCCUCUUCUGCUCAUAUCAGCUCCAGUCCUGACAUCACUGCGACCUCCACCCAACACCAAGCUCUUGAGUCCUCCAAGAGCUCAAGCAUAGACUGUAGCAGCAGUGACUCCCGCAGAGACUCUGUCGCUGAGCCGAAGGACCUGCUGUCCCAGGGAGAGGGAGCAGUGGCUGAGAACAAGACCAUCCCAAGGGCACCUCCUGAAGUUUGCCAAAAAAUCUCUGAUGCUGGGAGCAAUCAUGUCUUUAUAGAAACAAGUGUCCCAGUGUCUCUCCUGCAGGACACAGAUGAAAUUUCAGAGCUCAAGCCUGUGGAGCUGGAUACCUAUGAGGGCAACAUCACAAAGCAGCUGGUUAAGAGGCUUACAUCAUCAGAGACACCCCUGACCCCAGAGAGGCUGCCAUGUGAGGGAUCGAUUAGUGGGGAAUCAGAAGGAUAUAAGUCUUAUCUUGAUGGAAGCAUUGAAGAAGCCUUGCAAGGGCUUCUCUUAGCUCUUGAGCCACAUAAAGAGCAGUAUAAAGAGUUUCAGGACCUGGACCAAGAAGUGAUGCAUCUAGAUGACAUCCUAAAAUGCAAGCCAGCAGUAAGCCGAAGCAGGUCCUCCAGUUUAAGUCUAACAGUUGAAAGUGCUUUAGAAAGCUUUGAUUUCCUGAACACCUCUGACUUUGAUGAUGAGGAUGGUGGUGGUGUGGAGGUUUGUAAUGGUGGAGGAGGUGCAGACUCAGUAUUUUCAGACACUGAGAUUGAGAAGAAUAGUUACAGGACAGAGCACCCAGAAGCCAGAGGCCACCUGAGCGAAGCUCUCACUGAAGACACGGGUGUGGGCACCAGCGUGGCCGGCAGCCCUCUGCCCCUGACCACAGGCAAUGACAGCCUCGAUAUAACCAUAGUUAAGCACUUGCAGUAUUGCACCCAGCUCAUUCAGCAAAUUGUGUUCUCCGGUAAAACACCAUUUGUGACAAGAGACCUCCUGGAUAAGUUGUCCAGUCAGAUCCUUGUGAUGCAGAAUAUCGCGGAGAUCAGCACUGAGAACUUGGGAAACAUCACCUCCCUUACUGAUGCAAUUCCAGAGUUCCACAAGAAGCUGUCACUGCUGGCAUUCUGGAUGAAGUGUACUGGCCCUUCAGGAGUGUAUCACACAUCUGCAGACAAGAUGAUGAAGCAGUUGGAUAGCAAUUUUGCCACCACUGUGAAUGAGGAGUGUCCAGGACUUGCAGAAACAGUCUUUAGGAUCCUGGUGUCUCAGAUCCUGGACCGGACAGAGCCUGUCCUCUACUCCAGCAUGUCCUCCGAGACCAUUACUGUCUUCCAGUAUUACAACUAUUUUGCCAGCCACAGUGUUAAUGACCUUGGAAGCUAUUUGCUACAGCUCGCAAAAGAAGCGUCUGUCAUUCAGGUGCUGCAGUCAGUGAAAGAUGGAAAACUGCAUCAAAAUGUGUCCAGUAUAAACUCCAAUAACCUUCCACCACAGCAGGAAGUUUUGAGAGCUUUGGCUUUGCUUCUCAAUGAAAAUAGAAAUGAAGUCAAUGAGACUGUGGCGUCCCUUCUGACAGCAACUUCAGAAAAUAGGCACUUCAGGGAGAAGGCCUUGAUUUACUACUGUGAAGCACUAACCCAGCCCAACCUCCAGCUGCAGAAAGCAGCUUGCUUGGCUCUAAGAUACCUCAAGGCUACUGAGAGCAUUAAAAUGCUGGUCACACUCUGCCAGUCUGACAAUGAAGAGAUCAGAAAAGUGGCAUCUGAAACCCUGCUCUCCCUUGGUGAAGAUGGGAGACUGGCAUAUGAACAGCUGGACAAAUUUCCCCGGGAAUUCGUGAAAGUUGGAGGCCGCCGUGGAACUGAAGCUGCCACAGCGUUUUAGAUGGAGAAGAACCUGCCUACAUUUUACAGGCAUUAAAGCAGGAUGGAGCUGCACUUCAGUGUGGGGAGCAGAAGGAAGACUUUGAAGAAUUCUCUGAGAAUGUCCCCAAAUGUAGCAAUUUGUAGACUUUUUAAGGAAAAGCAAAAUCUAAAAUCCAGCUUAAGGUUUCCUAUUGGCUCCUCGUUGCAGCUCAUGAUGGAACAGUUGGAUGCUGAGGAACAAUACUUCCUUGACUGAUUCGUAAUAAUGUAAUUGCAGUUAUUCAGCCUCAACAAACUUCUGUGAGGUUUUUAGAAUUUGGGAUCUUCAUAUAUUUUCCUAUUGCAUUUACUUCCUUGAAGUUGUCGUGAAAGCUUGAGACGUGCGAUACCAUAUCUAACAAGGACAAUCAGGAGGUCACCUGAGCAGGACUGCAAAGAACCUUUCCCUUCCACCCCGAGCAAAGCACCUGCUGCCACGUAGUGUCCCCAGCAACACUCCAGUGGCAGGGAACGUUGCUCAGCUUUCUCAGUUGUGUCUUGGUAAUGAAAUAUAGAGCAAGUUUCUUCGAGUUUUGCCUCCAGAAACAGCAUGAAGUAAACCCUGGGAGGUGUCACUUUGGUGACUCACUCUAAAUGCCUCCGCUGGUCUUUUAUUCCCUUUCUCUUGCCCUUCAGCAACAAACCAUCAUUAAUCCAGACAUUUGUGAGGGGGAUCAAACAAUCGCGUAGGUUUCUGAAAACUAAAUGAAAAGGUAAAGUGCAUUUAUUUAUUCCGAGAAGAAGGAGUGAAUACAGCUAAUUGCAAGAGUCCCCAAAGCCCUGUAAAGGUCCUGUAAGUUUCAGGCAGGAUUGGAUUUCAUACACUCUAAUUAGUGGAUCAUAGUUGCUAUAGAGUGGUUUCAAUAUAAAGAGCUAGAACAAACUAAAGUGGACCUUGGAGGCAAUAACAAACAGAGGGUGAAGUGAAUGCAUCUCCCCCACACACACUGCGAGGAUGAAAGGAGCGAGUGCUUCAAACUGUUGAUUACGAGCCUUAAGUUAACAGAGGAGGUGAAUAGAGUGUAACAGAAGAGUGUUCCUGUACUGUGUUCAUUAUGCAUGAAAUGCUAUUUAGGUGUCAAUUGAAGUAUCCAAAUUUGCAUAGACGACAUAGAAAAUAUUGCAAACAAUUCACAUCAAAAGGAAACCUUGUGAGCCAAACACAUUGGCAGGCAGGGAUCGUUUUGUUUUGGGUUUUUUACUGUGAAUGUUACAAGAAUGUACAUAUCUGUAUAUUUAUAAAUAUAUAUAUUCUUCCUUUAAUUAAAAAAGUACAUUUUGUACAGUGCAAAAUGCUUACUUGUUUACUGAGGGAUAUAAACUCUUUUUGCAGAAGGUGAAAUAACCACAUUAUGGUUUUUAUACCACACCUGUCCCUUCAGUUGAAUUCUUUCAAGGUGUCCUUUUGUAUUGACUUCUGCUUUUUUUUUAAAAUUUUUUUUCUUUUAGUUUUGUGGCAUUUGUACUCACCAUAUUUCCUAUCACAUUUAAGUUAUAAUAAAGAUUAUUUUUUAAUUACUAAGCA